AGAUUUGAAUAUGGGGCGGGACCCCGCAGGUAGCGUUUAAUGUGCUCAAUGACCGAGUAGUUUCCAAAAAACAACAGCGGGCGACCUAUUUCUGUUUGUGUUUUAUGUAUAUUGUCAGUACAGAAGUCUUGAAUUGAUGUCUUUCCGCAAAACUCUUCCUGCUUUUGGGCUCGCGACUCGUGACAGCAAUAUUAGGAGUCUGGUCAUCUCCACUCGUCAUGGUUAUCAUCACCGGAGUGUGCAAGCUUUACAUCCAACCAAAACAAACACACAAGAGGAGCAUGUAUCCUUCAGUAACAAGAUCUCCAUUGACUUUGAACAGACCAAAGAAGCCUACAAGAGCAAAGACACUCUUGAGUUACUUAGAAGCUUGGUAGUUUUCAAACUGUGCUCCUAUGACAUCCUGGUUGAUAAGAAUAAAGAGAUAAUGGAUCUUAGCAAAAAGUUGUUGGGACAGAAGAUGUUUGAGCAGUUUAUGAAGAUGACGUUCUAUGGUCAGUUUGUGGCAGGCGAGGACCAUCAGUCCAUCAGGCCUGUAGUGCAGAAGAAUCAAGCAUAUGGAGUGGGAGCUGUGCUGGAUUAUAGCGUAGAAGAGGAUCUCUCACAGGAAGAAGCUGAGAGGAAAGAGAUGGAAUCUUGCAUGUCUACAUCAGAGAAAGGAAGCCCUGGAGCUGACCACCGGGAGAAGAAGUUCACAGCCCAUCGUAAGUUCGGUGAUCGUCGUGAAGGCGUGACGAGUGCUCGUACGUAUUUGUAUGCCGAUGAGGUGAAAUGCGACCAGCACAUGGAGACUUUCCUGAAAUGCAUCAAAGCCUCAGGUGGAAGUUCUGAAGAUGGUUUCUCGGCUAUUAAGAUGACUGCCCUGGGGCGCCCACAAUUCCUGCUCCAGUUCUCCGAGGUGCUGGUGAAAUGGAGACGUUUUUUCAGUUUCCUGGCUGCCAAGCAGGGAAAAGACGGCGUGGAGGUGCUGGAGCAGAAACUGGAUCUAGAGCAAUUGCAGACAUGUCUAGCCAGGCUGGGAGCUCAAGGCAACAUUCAGAGCUGCUUCUCUGAUGGACGGCUGCACUCAUCAGGCAUGGUGGACAUGUUGGACUGGAACAGUCUGAUUGAUGAGAGAACAAAGAUAUCCGAUCUACUAGUUGUCCCAAACCUGCAGACUGGUCAGUUGGAGCCUCUUCUGUCGAAGUUCACAAAGGAAGAGGAAAGGCAGAUGAAAAGGAUGCUUCAGCGACUGGACGUCUUGGCUAAGCAUGCGUUGGAAAAUGGCGUCAGGCUGAUGGUGGACGCCGAACAGACAUAUUUCCAGCCUGCCAUCAGCAGACUCACUGUGGAGAUGAAGAGAAUCUUCAACAGAGACAAAGCUGUCGUUUUCAACACCUAUCAGUGCUACCUCAAAGAGGCAUUUGAUAAUGUGUCCAUGGACGUUGAGCUAUCGAGAAGGGAGGGCUGGUGUUUCGGUGCCAAGUUGGUAAGGGGGGCUUACAUGUACCAGGAGAGAAGCCGAGCAGCAGAGAUUGGAUAUGAAGACCCCAUCAACCCCGACUAUGAAUGUACUAACAGAAUGUACCACAGGUGUCUGGAUUACGUGCUGGAGGAGAUCGAACAGAAUAAGAAAGCAAAUGUCAUGGUGGCAUCACACAAUCUAGACACUGUUAAGCAUACACUCAGAAGGAUGAAUGAAAUGGGUCUGGCACCCACAGAUAAGAAGGUGUACUUCGGCCAGCUCCUGGGAAUGUGCGACCAAAUCAGCUUUCCGUUAGCUCAGGCAGGAUUCCCAGUGUACAAGUAUGUUCCUUAUGGUCCGCUGAACGAGGUGAUUCCCUAUCUGUCCCGCCGGGCACAGGAGAACCGCGGCAUUAUGAAAGGAGUGCAGAUGGAGAGAGACCUCCUAUGGAAAGAGCUCAUGCGCCGCCUGAGCAGUGGAGAGGUCUUCUACACACCUGCUGUAUAAAACACACUCCACUUCUCACCAGAGACUCCUUACAUUUGUUUUUUGCUUGUUCACCCAUCCAUUCAUAAAUAUUUUUUUUUCCACUCUCACUGAGGCUGUUCUUUAUGAUAUAGCACACAUGGGAUCCUUUAUAUAAAUCAAAUACUUGGAUGAAUCUCAACUCAAAUCACAAAUACAAAAACAAGAAUUUAUGAAUUUUGCAUAAAAAAUGAAGACUAGAAAGAUUUUAGAAUCGAGUUUUUCUAAAUCAAGUUUUUGCGUUGCAACAUUAUUUUCAUGACAGUUAAUCACAUUUUGCCUCAUCAAUUCUCAUUCUCAUGUUUCUGAAUAUUUUAUUUUUGGUAACUAUGAAAACGACAUACACUGCCCAGCCAAAAAAAAAAGUCACUGUUUAAAUUUUAAUAGUCAAAUACCAUAGAGUCAAUGGAUGGAUCAUUAUUACAGUGAUUAUUAUUUUUCUAACAUGUUAUAUGUUUGGCAACGGUUCUUUUAACCCUAAAAGAUGGAGUAUGUAGCUUUUCAUUUCUUAAGCAACCAUGUGUUAAGAUGUAUCAUGGCCAUAUUCCACGAUGACAAUGUCAAGAUUCUGCAUCCGAGCUUUAUAAAGGCAGUGAACGGGACCAACGAGUAUGAGCUGAAGAAAGUGCCUCCAUCCAUCCAUAUCCAUCCAUCGUGUACUCCACAUGGCUCAGGGGGGUUAAUAAAGGCCUUCUGAAGCGCAGCGAUGCGUUUGUGUAAAAAAAAAAAAAAAAAUCCAUAUUUAUGUUAUGAAGUAAAAUAUCUAGCUUCCGACAGACCGCCUUCCGUAUUCAACUAAUGGAAAAAAUGGAACUGCCGUUGCGUCAGUUAAGCUUUUUCUGUAAGUUGAAUAGGGAAGACAUAGGACGUAAUUUUUUUUUUUUUUUCGAACUGUGAGAGUUUUACACUUUCUUCAAAAGACAUUAGUUAACUACUUUAGUUGCUGACAUGCCCUGAAAUAUAUAAAAGCAGCAAGAUUAUUUUUGAGAAUAUAAUUUUUUUAAUCACCCAUUAAAUAAAAAUCGCAGAAAAGAGGAGAGUCUGGGUAUUGGGAUAAUCCGACAGGCUAGGGCAGAAAUCAUAUUCAUAGAUGAGCUAAUGUAUUAAAGAUUUAUUAACUUUACUGUAGUAUGAAGCAGGGUGUGGCUGAAAGCCGUUGGAUCAAAACGAGGGCGCUGGAGUGAUUGCUAAUGAGAGACAAACGCGAAACACACGGCUCGAGAGCAGUGGAGCUUUUAUUAUGCCGCAGACGAGCGCUUCUGUUUCUUCUGGUGUAUGUAGGGUAACGCAGCGCUGUUUUAUCAUAUUAGAUACAUUUGUUUGUUGAUAAUGCUGUUGUUAUAAAGUUGUUAUAACGCUGCUCUGUGCGUUUGCUCGGCGGCUACUAUGAAACACUUGUUUUUUUGCAUGUUUUUACAAAAAUUCCCAUUUCUGGAAUGUGAAAAUAGAUAUAGGUAUUGUACAUUAAUGUAUUUUUACUUUAUUAAAAUAAUAAAAAAAAAUCUCAUGAGGAUCAUGAAAAAAAAAAAAAAGUCUAAAAUAAAAUAAAACAUCCACAUGCUUUGUGGUAAUGAACAUUUUAGGGUAAAUGUGCUUAACUGUCAUGACAAUAAUAUAACAAUAUACAACAAUCGUAAAGGCCCUAAAAAAUCACUUGAAAACCAACAAUAUUAUAAGAAGAUCAUCUUCAACUAAUCACCUUUCAGAUUCUUUUCAGUUUUUUAUCCUGUAGCAAAAACUGUAGUAAGUUAAUGGUAUUUUAGCAGAAACUGUGGUUAACUUGGUGCAUUUUUGUAAGGGUCAAGAAAGAGUGGUUAUACUCUUCCCUUUCCGUAUAAUCUAAUUCAUGUUUCCCUCGCUCAUUUCUCUUUAUUUCACUGAUGGUCUGGCUUUGCAUUCUCUCUUCUCUCAUCCAUCUCUCCGGCACCUUUAUGACUCUGAAAGGGCUCCCUAAAAUGUCAGAUGCCUGAGUGUGCAUGGCUGUUUUAUACCCCACCUUUAUUUCUCGAGUGGAACACCAAUAAUGAAAAUAUAAGCAUGAUUUAAACAGUAAUAAACAAACACAUAAGUAUCACUUUCUAAUGACGGUUUGAGUUCAAGGAUAACAACGCCUAGAGUUUAAGAACUACCGGUAUAUAUUUUAUGUAUGCGAUAUUUCAUGCUCUGAGUGAAGAAUUGUGGGUAUGUUAACGAAGGCAAAGUUGAAGUUUAGUAAACAGAUUAUAUUUCAGAUGUAAUAUAUUCCAAGUGAGUGGUUUGUUUGUGCUCAAGCCAAAUCUUGUCAUUUGUGCAGUGGGUCUCAUUGAGAAUAAUAUUAAAAAACAUUGUUUUAUGGAAGGAGCUGAACUUUAUUUUUUUGUGAUAUCUCUUUUGUGCUCAGUGAAGUUUAAAAGUUCUGAUGAGAUGAUUUCAACUCCAGUUUUCAGCUUAAUGAAUCUGGUGUUUAGCAUAUACAGAGCGAGAAUUAAAUCUACUCUUUUAUUA